GUGAAAGAAAACAGAAAGACAGUAGAUCGUAUCUUUAGCUUCAUUCAUUUUGUAAAAGAUCUCCUGUGACUGCAUCAUUUUUCUUUGUCUGUAAUGAGAACAGGGGUAAAUAACUGAGAUGGCCAAAUAUUUGUCCUUUUUUCUACUGUUUACAUGUGCGUCCGUCAGUUGUUCAAAUCCGAGAAGCUGUCAGGGACGUUGUGGACAAGGCUACUAUAAAGGAAGUUUAUGCCAAUGUGAUUAUGAGUGUCUGGGGCUUAAUGAAUGCUGUUCAGACUUUGAAGACCUCUGUACCACAAGGAAUUCAUGCAAAGGACGCUGUGGGGAGCCUUUUAACAGAGGCAAUCCAUGUCACUGUGAUAUUGAAUGUACCACAUUUAAUCAAUGCUGUUCUGAUUAUGAGAGCCUGUGUUUGGUAGAAGAGUCCUCCAAUGAAGAUAUGUCCGACUAUGAAGAACAAAUUGUCCCUGCUGAGACAACUCCAUCUGAAGUAGAGGAUACAACAAGCACAGUAUCACCAGGGGGCCCAACAAUUACAAUAUCAUUAGAGGUCCCAACAAACACAACAUUAUCAGAGGGUCCAGCAACCAUAAUUUCAUCCGAGGGUACAACAGCCAUAAUUUCAACAGAGGGUUCAACAGGCACAAUGACAACAGAGGGUUCAACAGGCACAAUGACAGAGGGUUCAACAGGCACAAUGGCAACAGAGGGUUCAACAGGCACAAUGACAACAGAUGUUUCAUCCAGCACAAUAACAGAGGGUUCAACAGGCACAGUGGCAACAGAGGGUUCAACAGGCACAAUGACAACAGAGGGUUCAACCAGCACAAUUACAACAGAGGAGUCAACAAGCACAAUAUCACCAGAGCGUCCAACAACCAUAUUUUCAUCACAGGGUACAACAACUAUCAUUUCAACAGAGAGUUCAACUAGCACAGUAACAACAGAAAGUCCUACAAGCACUGUACCUACAGAGGAACAUACAACCACUGUAACAGACAGUCCUACAAGUACAGUACCCACAGAGAUGCCUACAAGUAUUGUAUCUACAGAAGAACCUACAACCACCGUAACAACAGAGAGUCCUAUAAGUACUGUACCUACAGAGAAACCUACAACCACCAUAACAGACAGUCCUGCAAGUACAGUACCCACAGAGAUGCUUACAAGUAUUGUAUAUACAGAGGAUCCUACAACCACUGUAACAACAGAGAGUCCUACAAGUACUGUUCCUACAGAGGAUCCUACAACCACCGUAACAACAGAGAGUCCCACAAGUACUGUUCCUACAGAGGAUCCUACAACCACUGUAACAACAGAGAGUCCUACAAGCACUGUUCCUACAGAGGAUCCUGCAACCACCGUAACAACAGAGAGUCCCACAAGCACCGUACCAACAGAGUUGCCUACAAGUAUUGUAUCUACAGAGGAUCCUACAACCACUGUAACAUCAGAAAGUCCUACAAGCACCAUACCAACAGAAAGUACUGCAAGUACUGCACCCAGAGUGGGUCCAGCAAGUACAAUAUUGACUCCUGCUACAACCCUUCAAAUCAAUCCCACAAAAGACAGUUUGUACCCACAGGAUCUUAGUUUCACUGUCUCAAUUAAGCCAACACAGAAACCAACUAAACCAAAUUCAGUCAAUGACAAAAUAGAUAAAGAUUUCCAAGCUGAUGACGAUGACACUGAUCUCUGCAGUGGGCGUCCCGUCAGUGGUCUGACUACACUCAAAAACGGGACCAUGGUUGCAUUCAGAGGAAAUUAUUUUUGGACACUGGACAAAGAAAGAAAUCCUGAUCCUGCUCGGUUGAUCACAAGCGUGUGGGGAAUCCCAUCUCCCAUUGAUACAGUUUUCACCCGUUGCAACUGCCACGGCAAAACCUAUUUCUUCAAGGGAAAUAAGUACUGGAGGUUUGAGGAUGGCACAAUGGAUCAUGGCUUCCCUAAACACAUCAGCCAGGGCUUUGGGCAGAUCAGUCACAUCACAGCUGCUCUAUCCAUACCCCAGUACAGAAGCCGAAAUGAGGCUGUAAUCUUCUUCAAAAGAGGUGGUCUGGCUCAAAAGUACACCUACCAAGUUACUCCAAGUUGUGGGUCAAAGCCAACGAUUCCUUUGUUUACAGUAAGGAAUAGAUUCAGAAGAGAUACAGACUCUCUGGGGAGAGUGAUCAAUAUCUCUAAAACCUGGAGAGGAUUUCCAUCUGUAGUGACCUCAGCCAUUUCUGUGCCUUCGAGGGUUAGAGAGGGAUACAAAUAUUAUGUGUUCUCUCAACAAAAACACUAUAGCAUGAAAAUGGAAAGGGAAAAACCAGUGAUCCUAAAAUCUCCUAACGGCCAAAGGGAAAAAACAGCAAACAGCUUCUUCAAAUGUCCAUAGUCGAACAAAGUUAGACCUCAUGAAAUGAAUGUAAACAUUUGAUUUCUAGUGAUGCACUUCUUGCUGUUUUCUGUGCAGAAAAAAAAUCGGUUUUGUUAUCAAUGCUAAAAAGAGACAUCGAGGAAUGACAGAAGUUUCUUC